AUGUGGUUGGGGUACAAAUAGAAAAGAUGUGUAUGAGUGAUAAGUUGAAAAUAGGGGAGGAGAUGAAUGUUGUUUGUGUUGGAAAUACUAAGAACCAAUGUUGUAUAACGUAAGAAAAGUGAGAGGAGAAAAAAAUGACACAACAGUUUAGGGAUAGGGCAGAAGUUAAUUCCAGUUAGAUUUGAUAUGUGGUGUCCCUAAUACAAAAUGUGUCUUACCUAUCACUAACGCCAGUCCAUAUGAAGUUUCAAACUGUAAAGGGCAAUAAUUUGAAUUCACAGGCAAAUACACAAAAUUGCAAUAAGUUUACAAUAUCAAGCCAAAGCGACCUGGACUUUAAAUGUAACUUACCUUUAACUAAAAGGCGUCUGCCCUUUACCAAGGCUAAUCCCCAUGUGGUAUUUCAAAUGAUAUGCUCAGUAGUUGAGAAGAUAUAGUGAAACUUAGGACUGAGAGAUAAAGCCUUAAUUUGAAAGCCCUGGCAAGUGCAAAGGCCUUCCUUAUUCUUCGAAAUGACAAACUUAAAAGUAAAAGUAAAAAGGUUAUAAAACUACUUUACAGGUUAUUGCCUUUAACAUAUAAACUACAAAAUAAACCUCUACAAACUUUUCUAACUUGAACACUUCAUAGGCUACAAGUUUUGUUUUUGCAAAGAUAUCUUGGUGGCUGUUAUAAAAUGGUGCACAUCUAGAAUCAUAUUUCACAAUGGCAGAGUGUUCAGUUGAUUGUACAACACUGCUUACAAUGAUGAAGAGGGUGUUUUAACUUAUAUCCACUACAAGUGCCUUGAUAUGGAAUUGUUUAUUUGGAUUCUAUGCAAACAUACUUAGAACAUGUAGCAACACUUAAGAAAUGAGCAGUGUUCGGAUUUAGGUGCAAGAAAUUUCACGAAAAUUCUCCCAGAGAUGUUCAUUUAAACUUUUGAUAAAAAGUUCCUUCACAGAUAUAGUUAUUUCAACUCUGCCCAAUGGUCAGAUUUAAGAUGUUAUUGCCUUUUUCAAAUAUCAAAUAUUUGAGCAUCUUGUUUUGAUUGUUGUUGGGUCUGUCAUACCGACACAUAUUGAAUCACAUGGUGAUUUAUAAUAGUGAGGGAAGCUGAAGCUGCCCAUUUGGACAUUUAUUCAAGCACAGACGGGCACCUUGACUGAACUAGCGACAUUCCAAAUCUCAUCUGGAUGGCUAUCUCACGUAACAGAAUUCUACUGUCCAAUUAGAAUUGCUUUUUACUCGAAUCUGUGAAGAUAUCGAGUAUUUAAGAUAUUUUAACCACAUCCAAUGCCUCAAUACCGCCCACAGCUUUUACUUAGGAAUCAGAUUGGAUACAAUGUCAUCUUGCUAAAGGUAACAUAUAUUUUAUAUUUUGUCAUUCAUUGUUUUUUAACCUUGACAUUUUGCUCAAUACAUGUUUUAAUCGGUUAAGAUAAACAAGCGGACCUUUAUGUUUUGCCUAUUGUUGUGUAUAAUCACAAUUAAAAGUAAAUAAAAUGAUAAAAUACAAUGUCAACAAAAAACAUACUAUGUUAAAUGACAUGUUCAUCUGACAGAUAAUUGAAAAGUUACAUGUGCAGGCUUGUUAAACAUGCGAAAAGUUUUGAUGACCACCUUCUGUGUAUGUUUUACGCUUAGGUGCUUUUUACGGCGUAACCACAACCGGGACUCCUUUUUGUUAACAUCUUUCAACAAUUUUAAAGACUGCUAUUACAUUUUUCCGUAACUGCGUAUUGUAUUUAUAACCAGUAUUCGCGAUGAAAUAGCAUUUGUGUGAAACUUCAUAUAUGGCGAUAAAGACUGUAGGGUUUGCUAUAUUGUAUCACAUUUUAGUGAUUACACAAGUGCAGACCUUAGAAACUGACUUGUCUAAAGAGAUUCCACGGUGCCUACAGACUGUCGGAAACUCGAGCAAAAUCACCGACACCGAUAUUAUCCACUGUGUGCAACAGUUCAUGUGGCAAACCGGAAAUGUAGUGUGGAGUCAAUUCAAUAUUACAAAGAAGGAAGAACAGUUUAUAAAUUCACUGAUUGGAACAGCGCAUGAAAGGAAAAAGCGUCAAGUUGGUGCUACCGAAAACAUCAAUAGUCAGAAUAAUUUUCCACGAAAUGGUUUCCGAAUUAGACGAGAAUACAGGACACUGUCUGACCGGGAAAGAUCUGAUUUUCAUUCUGCUGUGAACAAGAUGAAAAUGUCGGGGCAAUACGACAUAUUUUCCAAUCUUCACAGAGGAACAGUUGUGUAUUCAGGACAUGGUGGACCAAACUUUCUUGGUUGGCACAGAGUAUAUUUGGUUUUGUUUGAAGAAGCACUGCGUCGGAUAAAUCCAACAUUGUCAUUACCAUACUGGGAUUCCACACUUGACUUUGACAUGAAUAACCCGGUGGACUCUAUUAUUUGGUCAUCGCCGUUCCUUGGUAACGGGGAUGGAUUUGUUACCUCUGGUCCAUUUAGAAAUUGGAUGACCGCUGUUGGACGACUGACUCGAAAUAUCGGCACCGCUAGCAGACUCCUAUCAAAAGAAUCAAUACGUCCUAUCUUGAGUUCAUGUCGGACUAGGGAUAUCUCGGAACCAACAGCACAGCCAAGGUUCAGCUUAGAGUAUUUGCAGGGUGGCCCACAUGUCUGGGUAGGUGGUCAAAUGUCUGGUUUAAACACAGCAGCUUCUGAUCCAGCCUUCUUCCUCCAUCACGCUUUCGUAGAUCUUAUCUGGGAGAUGUUUAGAAGUCGACAAGAACGAUAUUGCGGCACUAAUCCGGCCGCAGACUAUCCAAGUACUACGGGACUACAUGCAGCCGAGAGAACAAUAGAUGGCAUGUCUUCGUACCGGAACAUAGACGGCUAUAGUAGUUACUGGACACGUUUUGUAUACAGGUACGCACCUGUUCCUACUUGUUCCACAUUCAGACCCUUUUGCGGAAGUCCAUACUUACGCUGUAAUGUGGCACGACAACGAUGCGUGUCGGUUGCUCGAACAGGACGGGCUGAUGGAGCAGGAACAAAUCUGGCAUCAAUUGCACGUGCUCGCGCUGAAGAGUCUACCAUCAACAUUGGACCUCGUUUCAGAGCACCUCCAUCAGAAAUAAGAACGCAAGAUGCCCAGAUUAGAUUGUCACGUUUAGGAUUUUCAGGCUCUAACAUGGCAUUUGCUUCAGGUAACCCUAGUUCGUUCGCUUCAGCAUUGCGGGCACGUGCACAGGAAGCAACAAUUAAUGUAGGUCCGCGUUUUGCGGCACCGCCACCAGAACCUCGAACACAGGACGCACAGUUGGGAAUGUCCCGAGGAAGGUUUUAAAGGACUUGCAUUUAAAUCAUGACAAGCAAUAACUUGAAAUGUAGUUAUGUGUUUAGUUUCAAUGUACAUUUCAAGGAUGCUAACUUGACAAUUUUAUACUGAUCGAAACUUCUAACGCUCAUCGCUACUGUUAGCAAUAUUUUUCAUAAUAUUCAAAAUCCAUUAUUCCAUUAUUGCCACUUCUCACACAUUUCGAGAAGUAUUUUAUUGAUAAUAUAUACAAAAUUUUACAAAAUCAAAUAAUGUUAUGAUAUUAUUUUAUGUAUUUUAUGACCUCCGCCUAACCUUUAAACGUCAAAAGACACAUAGAUCUUAAUGUCUAGAAUUUACAACCUAGUGAAUUUCGUCAUCAUGACAAAACGAACUAACUUUUUUAUUCUGUCGUAUCUUUGAUACAAAUUUUAAUGCAGUUUGAAAUUUGAUCAUAUGUCAUUGAAAAGGCAAUUAUUAGAUCUUUGUGUCCUUGAAAAGACCUUCGCUCAUUGAAUAAUCUGUCUUUUUGCGAAUGUUAAUGAAUUGGUAGAAGUCGUAAAUGAAUGAAAUGAUAUUCUUGCACAAUUCGAUUUUGUUGAAAUCUUUAAAAAGACAUAAAUUUGUCUAACUGUCUGAGAAUUUUCAUAAAUGUACUAUUAAUAUUAUGAAAUUUUUUCCAAAACUAUCGAAGGGCGUUAGAAGAUAGUAUUUCAUAAUCUGGGGGAAAUAGAUUUAUAUGUUUGAACAGGUGGUAAGAACGCUUAUUGACAGGACUAGGGGGCGUGGGCAGUGUUGCAUUUUCCAUUACUGCUCAUGAACAGACUCAAUCAAACCGAGUCUGCAAUUUUCACUGUUUGCUUUGUUUUCGGUGCUUCCGAGGGAUCUACUUUUCAGAUUUUAUUGGUUUAAGAUCUUUUAAGUCGUCAUUUAAGAUACAUGCAUCACACCUUUAAAUGGUAACCACGGCUUUAAUUAGUGACGACUAUCAGAUACGCAGCUGAACAAUGAGCUGUGGUAAAUUAGACAAUAAAGCACAAUAAGGCCUU